AUGUUUGCGCACCAGCCGCCCCCGCUUCCCUCUAUCCCCUUCCGACUCCCGUUUGCCGAGGAGCUCCGCACCAGGCCAUCGCUGCAGCAGCCCACUGGACAAGAUGACCAACAGCAGCCGACACGUGACGAGAGGCCGAGGUGACGUCGAUUAUCACAGCCAGGAAGAACUGUACACAUUAUUUGUCAUUCGGCCUAUUGUGUCAUGCAGUCUGUCUGCUGCUGGUCCUUCGCUGAGUCCGUUCUUCGCCCAUAUGCCUGUCGGGCCCGCACCACCGGCUGCUGCUGCCGCUGCUGGUGGUCGUGGUGCUGGGGGGCUGUCGACUAAUCCGUUCCAGGACAUGUACUGUGUGCCCCCCGCGCCGGCCUUUCGACCGCCACCCCCGCCGAUCGAUCCAAGGUAACACGGGCGUGCUGUCUGCCUAUAUGAGCAACACUUCUAUGGAUUUCUCCUUGCCUGCUUUGCUGUGCAGCUCUCUCCAUCCAAUCGGUUCCCCUCUCCCUGGUAGCUACAAUGGCGGCCCACAAGCGUCUGGCUUCUCGCCUCACCCAUUUGGCUUUCCUCAGCCCUGUCCGUCUAGUCCAACGCCAGCUGCUGCGGCUGCUGCUGCUGCUAGUGAUGGUGGUGGGCUGUCGGCUGACUCAUUCUUCUACGAAAGCGGUCAUGGUGGUGAUGGCCUCGAGUAUGAUGAGGAGGGAUAUCAGCCACCGUCAUCGAGCAGUGCAGCCUACCCCUUCGCUGCGGCUCCGACGGCCUGGGCCAUGCAGGGAGGCAAUAACGGCCCGUCCAGAGGGUACACAGAGGCACUGUGUUCCAUGGCAGAGAGGAGAGUAUCACUGUGUUCCAUGGCUGCUAUGUGCUUGUGUGUAGGUUUGGUGCGGUGGGUGCGGGUGGUUCCUCUGAUAGCGAGCAUCUGGUGGAUCAGCUGUGCCGCCAACUCGAGCUGAAGGACCAGCAGGAGGCCAAACGGAAGGACCAGGAGGCUAAACAGAGGGCUCGUGAGGCCAAACGAAGGGCUCGUGAGGUGCAGGAGGCUAGAGAGAAGGAGGAGGCGCUAGUACGGCAGCUCCAAGAGGCGCAAUGGACGUAAGGAAGGCACGCACGGACUCGCCCAGAACGAGCAAUCACUCGUUGCAUGUUGUCCUGCCGUCAGGAUUGCCAAAAUGACGGCUCAGCAGUCCUCUCACCACCAUCAGCAGCAGCCCUCGUCCAGCAGCAGCUCAUCGGCCGCCCCUCCCCCGUCAUCAUUCGCCCAGCCACACCCAUCCACACACGCCAGCACAACGGACCACCAGCAGCAACAGGAUGGCGAUGACGGUCCCGACUGCUCCAUAUGUUUCGGCGAGCACGGCCCAUCGUCCGUCAUGUACAUCCCCUGCAGACACAUGCACAUCUGCACCAAGUGCUACGCCGACCGCCGGAGGGCCUGGCGGCAGAACCUCCCCCAAGUGAGGGCCGAGAAUGCGCGGCGUGUGGAGGUCAACAAGGAGCUCAUCAAGGAGGACAAGGAGCCCAUGGCCAUGCUGCCCGAGGGCUAUCUGUGCGAGCAGUGUCAGACAGAGGUCGCAUUUGCCUGGUCGGUGGAGGAAGUGAGCCGCUGGAUGCGGCCAUUCGUCACCGGCGCACCCUGACUAGCAUCGCAGUGAUUGGCGUGCCUUAGUGGAGAGGAAGAAAAGGUAUGUCUGUGUGGCGACUGAUUUAAGCAAGACGUAUGCGGUUGAGAGCUCUUUAUGGCCAAGUCUCUUUCGUUUCCUUCACUGCAUAGCCAGCCAUUGCGUCCGUCAGUCAGUCAGUGCAUGCAUACAUAUGUACAUAUAUACUGGAUAUCCCUGCCUGGCUGCCUUGUCUCUUGGUCGCCUGCUCCGCUGACUGGCUGCAGUAGGGAGGAUCACUCAUUGCAAUGCAUCCGUGUUGGUGUCCAUGUGCAUACAGACUUACUUACAGACUCCAACACUCAAUUGCCCCUAUUUGCC